AUGAAGUUCCCAAGUAAGGAAGAAUUGAACGAGUACACCCACACCAUUGCCGUUGGUGCUAUCAAGGGUGCUGUUAUUGGUACUGGUGUCUCGGCAUUGGGCUAUUUAUAUGCCAAAAGAAGAGCUCCAGUGUUUUUCACUUAUGGAGCUUUCCCAAGAACCUUUUUGCUGAUUGCUCCUCCUAUCAUGAUCGGCGUCACUACUAUGGAGUUUGCUUCUCGUGAAUUCGAGAGAGAGAGAUAUGGAUAUGUGGAUGCUGCUUCUGCCAGUCCUGAUAUGUUGAUUCCCAAGAUCAAUGGAUCUAAUAUUGAUCCUAAACUUGCCGCAAAGGUUGGUGCUAAUGGUACAGAUGGUGCUGCUGCUGAACCAAACGCUGUUUUGCAAUAUGCUGCUGAGAACAAGUAUAAGAUCAUUAUGGGAGCAUGGGCCGCCAGUUUGGCCGGUUCGUACUGGGCUGUUAGUAAAGACAAGUACCUGACCAAAUCUCAAAGAAUCGUGCAAGCCCGUAUGUAUGCUCAAGGUCUGACUGUUGCACUUCUGCUGGUUUCGGUGAUGUUGUCUGUGUCGAAUGGUAAAGAGAAGGACAAUUCGCGAGAAACUGGUGAAGCCGACCUUCGUGAGGGCAAGCAGACCUGGGAAGAGAUUGUCGAGCAAGAGACUGCCCGUGAAACCGCCGCUCAUCUGCCAUUACAUCUCAGUGACAGAAAGAACAACGGCAACCACCACCACGACUAA